AUGAUGAAUGUACCGUCCGCCUAUUGGUUGGACAAGAAGGACAAAAUCUUCGGUAGCACAACCAGUUCCAUGGAGGGCAUUUUGGAAGAUGCUUUGAACAAGCCAGUCCCAGAGCUGGUAGUGUUCAUCGUGUAUGACUUGCCAAACCGUGAUUGCCAUGCAAAAGCUUCGAAUGGAGAGAUUUGCUGCAAAUACAAGCCUGACGGCAGAUGUGACUACCAAGAUGAGGCUGAUGGCUGCAAAGAUGGCUUGAAAGAGUACCAGAAAGAGUACAUCGACCCGAUCGCAAAGGUUUUGAAGAAGUACUCUGGUCGUGUUCCAGUCGUGCUUGUUAUUGAGCCGGACUCCUUGCCAAACCUGGUGACCAAUGAGGCUGACCCAAGGUGUGGCAAUAGAGGCACCAAGAAUGCCUAUGAGAAUGGCGUUAGCUAUGCAGUGAAGACAUUAGCCAAGGCAGAUCCAUAUGCAGGUAUCUACAUCGACGCCGGUCACGGUGGUUGGCUGGGUUGGAAAGACAACAUGAAGGACUUUGUGAACCAAAUCCAGCGCAUGGACGUGGCCAAGGAUAUCCGUGGGUUCGCAUCAAAUGUUGCUGGCUACCAGUACUUGGGGGAGGCUUGUGAUACUUAUGAUUACUGCCUCGGUGGUCAGCACAAUGGUGACUCUUGCUGCUAUGACCCAUGUGGACUUGUCAGCGAGUGGAACCCCUCUCACAACGAGCUCAUGUAUGCCCUCCAUUUGCGAGAAGCCAUGUCCAAUGGCAUCGGAGGCUUUGAGCCUCACAUGAUCAUCGACACGGGCCGCAACGGCAACCCGUUUGCAGACAAAGUCUUCUACGUGAAUCCUUCGUACAAAGUCUCCUUGAGCACAAGCAUCGCAACAGCAUCUGGUGAAGUCAAGGACACACUGGAAGCAAUGAUGAAUGUACCGUCCGCCUAUUGGUUGGACAAGAAGGACAAAAUCUUCGGUAGCACAACCAGUUCCAUGGAGGGCAUUUUGGAAGAUGCUUUGAACAAGCCAGUCCCAGAGCUGGUAGUGUUCAUCGUGUAUGACUUGCCAAACCGUGAUUGCCAUGCAAAAGCUUCGAAUGGAGAGAUUUGCUGCAAAUACAAGCCUGACGGCAGAUGUGACUACCAAGAUGAGGCUGAUGGCUGCAAAGAUGGCUUGAAAGAGUACCAGAAAGAGUACAUCGACCCGAUCGCAAAGGUUUUGAAGAAGUACUCUGGUCGUGUUCCAGUCGUGCUUGUUAUUGAGCCGGACUCCUUGCCAAACCUGGUGACCAAUGAGGCUGACCCAAGGUGUGGCAAUAGAGGCACCAAGAAUGCCUAUGAGAAUGGCGUUAGCUAUGCAGUGAAGACAUUAGCCAAGGCAGAUCCAUAUGCAGGUAUCUACAUCGACGCCGGUCACGGUGGUUGGCUGGGUUGGAAAGACAACAUGAAGGACUUUGUGAACCAAAUCCAGCGCAUGGACGUGGCCAAGGAUAUCCGUGGGUUCGCAUCAAAUGUUGCUGGCUACCAGUACUUGGGGGAGGCUUGUGAUACUUAUGAUUACUGCCUCGGUGGUCAGCACAAUGGUGACUCUUGCUGCUAUGACCCAUGUGGACUUGUCAGCGAGUGGAACCCCUCUCACAACGAGCUCAUGUAUGCCCUCCAUUUGCGAGAAGCCAUGUCCAAUGGCAUCGGAGGCUUUGAGCCUCACAUGAUCAUCGACACGGGCCGCAACGGUGUGGCAGACAUGAGGACACCACUGUGCCGUCAAACUGCAAGAGAGUGCUGUUAG